AUGGCUUCAUUGGGAGCACCCUUACGGAGAGAUCCCUUUGGCGGCGACACGCGGAGCUUCAGCCCGAGCUUGGGAAAGAAUGCGUCGAGCCAUGCUUCCGCUUCCGCUGCCGGGGCGGGCGGUGGGGAUGCCAUGGAUGUGAGCCACUCUCAAGCCUCGCCAAUGGGUCCGCCUACCAGCAGUCCGGGCGGAGAUCGGUCGGGGGAGCAGCAGCAGGGACAUCACGAUCAACAACAAUCAACGUCAACAUCAAAUGGAGCCACGCAACCCACGGGAGCCGCCGCUGCUGCACAGCAGCCUAAGAUUGUCCAGACUGCCUUCAUCCACAAGCUCUACAACAUGUUGGAAGAUCAGAGCAUCCAGCAUCUCAUCUCUUGGUCCAACACCAAUGAGAGUUUUGUCAUGUCUCCUUCGUCCGAAUUCUCAAAAGUUCUUGCACAAUACUUUAAGCAUACCAACAUCUCCUCCUUCGUAAGACAACUUAACRUGUAUGGCUUUCACAAAGUGAGCGACGUCUUUCAUACCGGAUCUCCCGACUCGCCUCUGUGGGAGUUCAAGCACGGUGCAGGAAACUUCAAGCGGGGUGAUCUCGUCGGUCUGCGUGAGAUCAAGCGAAGAGCCAGUAGACACGCCUUGAUACACCGCGAAUCCUUUCCUGCCCCUCCCAAGAUGCCAACUCCUCAACCUCCAGGUCCGGGAAAUGCAAUGGAAGCAAUGCCCGAUCCUGUGGAAGCUCGCUUAAACGCAUUGGAGUGGAAUGCACAGGAGCUUCACGCAAGACUGGCCCGGACGGAGGAAGCUUACGCAGCCGUCACGGCCAAAUGCCAGACGCUUCUGGAAGGACUGGCUAGAUGUCACCAUUGGAACGAUGAGCUAUCCUCCCACCUACUGACCAUCAUCCCGGACCCUGAAAACCCCGUGCAUCGCGACGUUGCGGCUAUGYGCCAAGACAUAUCUCGACAAAUAGAUCACAUACGAUCGACGGAAGACCACGACUCCCAUUUCUUCCACAAGCCAUCCUUCUUCCAGCCCAACAAUCUAGCCCCGGAACCACCCGUACCCAUGUCGCCUCGGCAAAGACCGUUCGACGACUCCCGUCGGCCGAGUCUACAAGGCCUACCUGGACUUGCUCCACGACCCGGAGGUGUUCGUGCUCCUGUCCCACCAUACAUGCAGCAACAAAUGUCGCCUCGUCGUUAUGGUUCGAUCGGUACUGGCAGCGGCGCAUACUCUCCCUCGCCGAAUAGGCCGACUUUCCCUGCUCCUCCUCCACCGCCUCCGCCACACCAACAGCAGCCUCAACAGCAACAUCCACUUGCCACCACAAGCUCGCCGCCAUCAAGUACUGCACGUAGACAUACUUCCGCAGAUAUUAGAGUGCAAGGCUGGGAAGGCGGUCAUCCACCUCCACAAUACGGUCAAGGGACAUCUCCCUAUGCUUCUGGACAAUCGUCCUCUGCCUGGCCAUCUUCCCCACGCGCCGCUCCUCACAAUCCCGGAGAUCAGCAGAUUCGCGAUGCGCUUGCGCAGUAUGAACUACCUCGCGUGAUCCACCCCGGUGGGUCAAGGCAGCAUUCUCCCGCACCUCACGAUACAGGAGUACCGUCUUUUACCAACAGCUUCGCGCCCAACUAUGCAAAUACCAACGAUGCGGGAUGGCAGAUACCCGGUCCGAGAUUUCCUUUCCGCGGACUCGAAACUCCUGGUCCGCCGACGAGGAGGAGUAGUAUGGCUAGWAACGUCCACUCGCUGCUCAAUCCGGCCGAUACUGCGGAGCGAGAGGGCGAAGAUGAGGGUGCCCAUGAUGAGAGGAAGAGGAAACGAAUGCUAUGA